GUCGCCAGGCCUGUGAACAAAAUGGUUGCUUACCAAAAGUCGUAUGAGAAGCAAACACCAUGUGGAGGCUGGAUUCCAUGGAGGAUUUGCACCCAAACUUAUUACAAAGAAGAGUACCAUCCUGUUACAGUCCUAGAGACGGUGAACCUGACAGAUUGCUGUAAUGGAUAUGAACAAGUUGGUCUCUAUUGUUCCUUAUCCCUCAACAGAUCCAGUGAAUUUGCUUCAAGACUUGGUGCCUGUCCAACAAAGGAAGUGGAAGGAUUAAAUCUGUCAUGCAGUUUUGAUAUGGAUUGUCCCGAAAACAAAAAAUGCUGUGAGACGACUAAAGGAAUGGUUUGUGCAGAUCCUGUACCGGAAGAGCAAACAGUGACAAAAUAUUGGUUUAGCAUGUCAGUCCUGGUGAAAAUGGAUUUCAAUGAGUUAAUCAGAGUGGACCCAAGUCUUCUGAAACAUUCACGCCUUUUGCACUCUAUGAUUACUGGAGCAUUAUGGCCCUUAAAUGUCUCAGUGUACCACAUCAAGACUACUCAGGCAGAAACCUAUCCAGAGACAUUGGCUUCUAAGGUCCUGGUUGGCCUGCACCAGCUGGUUUCACUGGAGAACAUUACUUCUUUGUUGAAAGAUAUUGUGAUGCGAGUGUAUGAAGUUGUUGACAUAGUUGUGCAAGAUGCUGAUCCAGGUUUACCGAAUAUUCUGAUGAAUUCAAAAUCUUCAUCACAAAAAACCAGCAGAUCAGUCGAUUCGGAGUGCUAUUCUCCAGCCAUUCGAAACCAUAGGAUCUUCAAAGUUACUAGCAGCAGUUUUGAAGUGUCUUGGAGUGUAAAUUCCAUGCAGAACCAUUCAUUCCAAGUAGAAGUGUACAAAGGAAAAAUACUCAUUCAAGGAACAAUAAACACAGAUAUGAAGCUAGAUGUGUCAAAUCUGGAAGCAGGCGUAAUGUACACAGUGAAAAUCAGCUAUGAAGUUUGUGACAAAACUGUUUCCUCAUACAGAAAUGUGAAGACAGAUGCCUUGAUAUUUGCUUUAACAAUAAGGAUCUUGAAUUAUAACUUCACGGACCAGUUCCUCAACAGCAGCAGUGCAGAUUAUCAAGCAUUUUCCAAUAUUUUGAUGGCUGAGAUUAGAAAUUCUUUACCUUCAAAUAUGUCUGCAUUAUACAAAAUGGAUAAGCUGAAAAUACAAAUGGAUUCUUUUAAAGCUGGUAGUAUCAUUGCAAGGCUUAAAAUCAUAAUAGAUGACCCGGAAUUUCCAAAAAAUGUGUCUGCAUUUGAUCCAAUGAUGUCAUCACUGUAUAAAAGUGUUGUAUUACUUGUUGACUCAAACAGCUCUGCAGUAGAAGACUGGAAUGAAUGUGCAUCAAGGGCAGAGAAUGAUUGUUGCAUGUUUGCAGAAUGUAUCAAUACAAUUGGGUCAUACGCGUGCCGAUGCAAGACGACCACAGAUGACAAUCCGUUAAGACCUGGGAGAAACUGUGAGGGGGACUUGGAUCCAGGUUUACCAAAUGAUCAACUUCAGUACAGAAAUUCUUCUGUUUCGCUGAUGAAUUCAACAUCUGUAUCACACAAAAAUGGUGGAUCAGUAGAUUCUGAGUGCUAUCCUCCAGCGAUCAGAAACCACAAGAUCUUCAAUGUUACUAGCAGCAGUUUUGAAGUAUCUUGGAGUGUAAAUUCCACGCAGAACCAUUCAUUCCAAGUAGAAGUGUACAAAGGCAAGGAACUCAUUCAAGGAACAAAAACCACAGACACAAAACUAGAUGUGUCAAAUCUGGAAUCAGGCGUAAUGUACACAGUGAAAAUCAGCUAUGAAGUUGGUGACAAAAACGUUUCCUCAUAUAGAAAUGUGAAGACAGAUGCCUUGAUAUUUGCUUUAAUAAUGAGAAUCUUGAACUAUAAUUUCACGGAUCAGUUCCUCAACACCAGCAGUACAGAAUAUCAAGCAUUUUCCAGUGUUUUGUUGACUGAGAUUAGAAAUUCAUUGCCUUCAAAUAUGUCUGCAUUAUAUAAAAUAGGAAAGCUGAAAGUGCAAAUGGACACUGUUAAAGCUGGUAGUAUUAUCGUGAAGCUUAAAAUCAUAAUAGAUGACCCAGAGUUCCCAAAAGACGUAUCUGCAUUUGAUUCACUGAUGUCAUCACUGUAUAAAAGUGUUGUAUUACUUGUUGACUCAAACAGCUCAGCAGUAAAAGACUGGAAUGAAUGUGCAUCCAGGACAGAGAAUGAUUGUUGCACGUUUGCAGAAUGUAUCAAUACAAUUGGGUCAUACAUGUGCCGAUGUAAGACGACCACAGAUGCCAAUCCGUUACGACCUGGGAGGAACUGCGAGGGUGAAAUUGUGGAUCCUGUUACUGAUAUAGUGCCAACACUUGAAGCCAAUGUUACAGAAGGACUGCCUGUGACAAGUGCCCCUUCACUGUCAAUGGCAGAAAUAAGGGCAGUGACUUCAUUCACAUCCAAGUCUACUGAGGCUAUAAUACUGCCCUCACGUGGCAGCCAAGAGUCAAGCACUCUUGCAACAGGCAAAACACUGUCAGCAUCUCAGAGAAGAAGUACGUUUGGGCAUGACUGGAAUAAUAACACACUGAGGACCUCGGAGAUUGUAGCUCUGGUGACAGAAAUAUGGAACAAUGCUACUACGUCAAAUGGAAACUUAUCUGAAGAGAGAUUAGCAGCACAAGAACAACACAAUGCUUCACUUUCUAAAGUUUCAAAUACUACAGUUUAUCCUUUUCUGAGAAAUGGAUCUGUGGAAGAAACAAGCACAUCUGGCCUCUUAACUGACAGAAAAUCUCAGGAAGAUCCGGCCCUGAAUGUCACACAACACUCCAAAGGUCAUGCUCUAAACCAGACCCUGGAUAAAGAGAUGGGGGGAAAUAACAGAUCUUGGUCUGAGGGAAAAUCAUCCACAAUGUUACCAUCUUCUUCUGAGCAGCAGACAAUUGCUUCCCUUGCUACAGAUUGUGGCGGUGAGUCUGUCUUUACCCCAGAACAUUCCUUAAAAGUAAUAGUGACUUUUCCAGCUGAAGGAAUUGUUUUUUCCAAUGUAACCAGUACCAGCUUUCAAGUUCGCUGGAUGAUAAAUGUUACAGUGACUCCUGCUUUCCAGUUUCUGCUGCUUGAGGGAAAGCAGCUUAUUCAGGAGAUUAAAACCCAGAGCAGCAACCUAACUAUUUCCAGACUAGAACCUGGGAUUUUGUACACUGUUGAAAUUACCACAGAGGUUUGUGGGAAUCAAAGUAAACCAGUACAGCGUAAAGUAAUGACAGCUGCCCAGAAGUUUAAUGGGACAGUCAGGAUAUUAAAUCUGAAUUAUAGUUCAGAGCUCAGCAACUCAAGUAGUGAAGAGUACCGAAAUUUUUCACAGUUGUUUCUCAAUGAGGUCUGUACAUCUCUGCCCCUUAAUAUUCUUCAGAAAAUGAAUGCAUCUAUGAUUAAAAUGUUGAUCAUGAGCAUUACUAAUGGGAGCAUAGUGGUACGCUUCAGUCUCCUGACUCCAGCAAACCUGGAUGCAAGCAACGUUUCCAGGUCUUUUCUUGAUGCCUUUCAACACAGCAGACAUUUCAGAAUUGAUAACAGCAGUCUUUCCAUAGGUGAUUAUGAUGAAUGUCAGAGAGAAGAAACUGAUUGCUCUCCCAAUGCAUCUUGCUAUAAUACAUAUGGAUCAUAUGAAUGCCACUGCAAAGAAGGAUUUAUUAAUGUAAAUGCUGAGAGACCUGGGAGAAACUGUGAAGUCCUUCUUUCCAACCACAAUGCUGGAGGUAACCAGACAAAAGCCCAGAGCAGCACAGUUUUGCCUUUGACAGCCACCAACACUACAGAUAAUAAAGUGUUUACAGGACUAAUAGUGAAUAUCCCUAGUUCACCUCAAGUCUCCUCCCAGAGUGUUGUCAUCAAGGAGGCAGUUCAAGUGCUCUGCGAGUUUGAAAAAAUAGUCAUCGCCAUCCAGAAAGCCUUUCUGCAGAAAGGAUCUAUCCCAGAAUCCUCCUUGUACCUUGGAAGCCCUCAAUGCCGUGGAAGGAACGGUAACUCCAGCCAUGUCAUCCUUCAGGCUGGAUGGAACGAAUGUGGAACCGAAGUACAAAGUAAUACAACACAUACUAUAGUAAAAACAAUUCUCCGGAAUAAGCCUUCCCCAGGUGUGAUUCACUACUUCAGGAUUGCCAGUCCAAUUAGUUGUGUGUUUCAGAAUGAUCUGUUGACUUCAUCUGGUUACUCUCCAGAAGGGGUUUAUACUGUAUUUGAGGAUUUACAAGGAUCAGGACACUUCUUAACAAGAAUGCAGUUGUUCAUUGGAAAUUCUCCAAUUCCUCAAAAUUUCAGUAUCUCUGCUAGUGAUGACAUAAAGAUUGAGGUGGGAAUUCAGACGAGAGAUAGAAAGCUCAAGGUGGUUGUCAGUCAAUGUUGGGCAACUCCAACUAAUAACUCAAUGGAUCCUCUAUCAUUUCCUUUUAUACUUGGCAGCUGUCCAGUUCCAAACUCACACACCACCAUGAUUGCGAAUGGGAUGUCCAGCAAAGCUCAAUUUAAGUUGAAAAUCUUUUCAUUUGUCAAUGACACAGUGGUUUAUUUACACUGUAAAAUCCAUGUUUGUGUGGAAAGUCAUGGCACCUCCUGCAGAACGACCUGCAGUGGUUUCCGUUUUCAGAGAGCUGGAGAAACUAUUGCAAUGCCGAGAGCAUCCUGGGGACCUCUGCGCAAAUUCAAUGAUGAUGUAAAGGAAGAGAAAAAGUCUGGCUUAGGAAUAGGUUAUAUAGUCCUCAUUGUCAUCGGCGUAUUUGUUUUUGCACUGGGAAUAGCAGGUCUUUUGGUUUUCCGACACCAACGCAAGUCUGGGGCAUACAACUUCAAAAUCAAAUCUGACAAUUUUAACUACCAAGUGUUCUAUGACUAAUAAUUUCAGUUUUACCACAUCUGGAAACAUCUUAUGAAUAUAAUAUUGCUCCAUAUGUUGCUGG